CUUCAUGUUCAAGUUGGCGAAAGGAAUAAAAAUAAAAGUCUGCAGGACGCAAAGUAUUAUUUAUAGCUAGCCGCAGUGGUCGAAUAUGCGGCGCAGGCGACAUCAUUAAUUAUUAGCUAGCUAGUAGAUAGUUUAGAGGCGGGUAGAAAGCAAGCAAGCUGUCAGGGCAGACACGAUCAUGAUGAGCAGUGGACGAGGUCCGAUUUUUGAUUAUAGUGGAGCUGCCACUUGUGGGCUCGAAUAAGAUAUCGCUGUGCUAUGACUACCAACUUCCUCUGAGCGACACGAGGCAAAUAGCCUAACGGGUUGAGCAUGGUCGUUCGCAAUGUGUUGGUUUAUUAUUGAACUAUCGGUGAAGGUAUUGCGGAUGAGUCCUGUGUAAGGUAUCUGGGUUUCAAAUUUCUUUGAAUCGAUGCAACACGAUGAGGAGAGUCGUCAGAAGCGUGUCCAAUGAUGAUGACGACGAGUACAACGGUUCAGAUAUGCAAAUGUCGGAUUCAGGCUCGGACGCGGAAAUGGAAAUGGAUGAGGUGAAUCAGAAGCUCCAAGAUGAAAACGAUGAAAACGAAGGGGAGGAGGAGAAACUAGAGCCUGAGGACGAGGAAGAAGAACCUGAACCCGAACAAGAGGAUGCUCCAGAGUCUGAAGAGGUCUCUCCUCCUCCGUCUCCGCCAAAGCAGCCCCGUCUUAAGAUCAAACUCAAGCUACCGAGCGCGCCCAGCACCGAAGAUACUGGAUCCCGCGGGCGUUCUGGUGAUAUCGACAUAGAGUCCGAAGAUGAGGAUGAUGAAGGAGAGGCAGUGGGCUCCACGCGCCCGAUGACUUCUCGUCAAGCGGUUCUCGCGAGUGUUGUAGGCUCUUCGCAUGUAUCUCUAUCCACUGGCGAAUCCUCUCGAAAAAAGAAACAACUCACAGAGAGCGAGCUUGCACUCCGACGUGAGGAGACAGCACGAAAACGUCGCAAUCUUACCGAGAAAAAGCUCGAGGAUGAGAAGGCAGAGACUAUCAACCGCCUCCUCAAAAAGCAGUCCAAGUCUAAGGCCAAGCGCAGCGCGCUCUCCACUGCGGAGGCUAGUGCAUCCGAAGGUGAACGUGAGGUCGAACAAGAGGAGAAGGAGGUCGUCCUACCGACUACUUGGCGGUGGGUGUCCAGCACACGACCUCAGGCGAAUUCGUCUACUAUGCUACAGGAGGAUGUUACUCAGGGCAAGAUGCACCUCACCUUAGGCGUGCCCAUCUCUGUCCUUUCCAGCACUUUGGUGACGCCACAGCCACCUCCGCCAAAAGAGAAACCACAGUGUGACGUCCCUGGAUGCACCGAAGCACGAAAAUACCGCCUAGUACAGGACUGGGUCCGCGGAGCAUGUGGUCUCACGCAUCUAAAGAUUCUGGAGGUGGAGGCGGAUACAAAGAUGGAGGUUGCGUGAUCAGGAGUGUCACGGCACUUUGGGAGGUGUAGAUCGUUGUCAUUUGCAACUUGCUCUCGCAGUUACUUGUUAAGUUCACUCGCUGUACUAUGG